GGGGCCCUGGCCGUGCUCGGCCGGCUCGGGCCUCGUGGCGGGGCGAGGGGCGCGGCAAGGCACGGCUGCAUCCACGCCUGCUCCUUCCGGCGCGGAGCGAAUGCGCCCAUGUCUGUUUGGAACAGUCAUUUGUCAAACGGGGUGUGAAGAGGAGCUGGACAGACUCCGUUCCUGUCAUCCGUUUACUGCUUCUGCCUUUGAAUGGUAGCCCUCCAGAGAUCGUGGAGAACGGAUCAUGGCCGGAAGAGGGGGCCGAGGAAGGGGCCGUGGCGGUCACAUGACCUUCAACGUCGAAGCUGUGGGCAUUGGGAAGGGUGAGGCGCUGCCCCCUCCCACCCUCCAGCCAUCGCCGCUGUUCCCGCCCUUGGAAUACAAGCCGGUCCCGCUGCAGGCCGGAGAGGAGGUUGAGUACAUGCUGGCCCUGAAGCAGGAGCUGAGGGGGGCGACGAAGACCUUGCCGUACUUCAUCAAACCAUCUGCCCCCAAGAAAGAUGUGGAACGCUAUUCGGACAAGUACCAGACGUCUGGCCCGGUGGAUAACGCCAUCGAGUGGAGCCCAGAUUGGAGGCGGCUUCCGCAAGAACUAAAAAUCCGUGUACGGAAGCUGCGGAAACAGAGAGAGACCAUCCUUGCUCCGAAGCGCAAGCCGCAGCUGCCGGUGGACAAGGAGGAAGCCAUCAAGAAGCUGGAGACUCUGGAAAAGAAAGAAGAGGAAGUGAUAUCUGAAGAGGAAGAGGAGAAGGAAGAGGAAGAGGAAGGGAAGGAGGGGGACGAGGAAGAAUACGAUGAGGAGGAAUAUGAAGAGGAGACGGACUACAUCAUGUCCUACUUCGACAAUGGCGAAGACUUUGGGGACGACAGCGAGGACAACAUGGAUGAGGCGAUCUACUGAGCGGAGUGGCCACGCAGGACGUGUGCGGGGGACAGGUCUCUCCUGCCGCCGGGCCUCGCUGCUCGGGGCGCCUUUCUGCCGCCCUUGGGAGGGUCCGGCUGGCUCUGCUUGGCAGGAGGGGCCCCCAGCCUCGUUCUGCACCUGCCGGCCGGCCGCCCCACAAGCGACUCCGCCGGUCUCUGGCUCCGUCAGCCACUAGGGGGCAUCACAGAUCCACCCUGCACUGGCCCCGAGCCUCGGGAAACCACCCAGCGCACGGGUGCCGCUCUCUCUUGGAAAGACCGGACGUGGUUCGCUCGGAAAGGAUGUGCUCCUGCACCAAAGCCGGGCUUUCUCCCUGCAGGAGGUCUGUGGCUCCCGUGCAGCACGGAAAGGAAGCCGGCGCAUUCCAGGGGCCCGGGGGACGCACAGGCUGCGUGUGCUUCAGCCGGGGGUGGAGGCAGAGAGCUGCCCCCUCCGUGUGUGGCCAAGCCCCUCCUGCCCCCUGACCGACAGCGCUCCUGCCCUCGCUCAGGUUGGUCUGCCUGGAGCAACACAGGAGCAAAGGUGCUCUUGUUUUGCAAAGGAGAGGUAGUUUUGAAUUCCAGGUAGCUCUCACUUUUUCACUUCUUGAAAAGCGGGGUGGGGGUGAGGCAGGGAAAGAGGGUCGCCUGCAUCUUCCAGGAAUGGGCAAGAAUCUCCCACAACGCUCUGGAGCCUGUGACUGGGACCUGUUUUCUGAAAUGCUCUUCCAUACCAAGCUGCCAUAAGCAGGUGUACCAUGCCAGAUUUUCACGGGAGGUUUAAUGAGAAAUGGAUUUCUUUUUUUAAAGGAACUGACCAUGUGUUUCUAGAUGGCAAAAGGCCCCCAUGCUGGCCGGGCCUGCUGGGGAUUAUAGGACUUCUGUUCUUUGAACCUCUGGAGUUUGAGGCAGGGCUGAAUGAGGAGGCCGCCUCGCUUCUGUUCUCUGUCUUGCCCACGCAAUUAUUUCUGGUUUCUGAGCAGUGCCAUGUCGGGACCAAGGCCGUGUGCUUUUCCCCUGGUUGGGAGAUUGAACAGGUGACAGUUUCCCCUGGUCUCUGUGCAUCAGGCUGGCGUGCGAGGUUUUAGAGCCUUUGACUUUGGAAUGCGCUUCUGGGAAAAACUGCAGAAGAAAGUGAAAGUGCCGGCCUCGGCUGUUUCCCAGAAGUAAUGCUUUUUCCUUGGGGCCUCUGACAAGUUCUUGCAGCUUUGUCAUCCCAGAGGUCGUGUCUCCCACAGUCUUUGGCGGGGAAGCUGCCCAGUCUUAAUGCUGGGGGAAGAAGUGUUUUGGGGGCCAUGAAUUAAACGGACUUUUCCCUAACCCUGAAGAACAGAGGCCUUCCCUUUGUGUUGUCAUUCCAUGGCGUGGCUCAUUUUUUCCCUGCCCAGAACACUCUUUUAAAAAGUUGUGUUUGAAAGUUUGUGUGUGUGAGAACAUCGGUGUGUAAUUUCUUGGGCUGCAAUAAAAGGUCCUUAUUUUUUC